AUGGGGAAGGCCAAAGUAGCACCAGCAAGUGGACACACUAUUCCUCGUUUAGAACUGUGUGCAGCAGUUCUGGCAGUACAGAUAUCAGAAAUUGUGAAGGACAACCUAGAAAUAAAAUUUCACGACAUAAACUACUACUCCGAUAGCAGAAUAGUCUUAGGUUACCUCUACAACACAUCAAGAAGGUUCAUGACAUAUGUAAGCAAUCACGUAGAAAAAGUCAGAAAGAUAAGUCAUCCAGAUCAGUGGAAUUAUGUUUCCACUCAGUUGAACCCAGCAGAUAUUGGGACUAGAGGUACUCAUGUUGAUAAGAUCCAAGACAGUCUUUGGUUAGUGGGACCUUCGUUCUUACUUCAACGACUGGAACUGAACUCUAAGGAAUGUAGCAAAUUUCCAUUGGUGAAUCUGGAAGAAGAUGCCGAGAUAAAGAAAGAAAUGAAUACCCUCAUAACGGUUAUUCGAAAACAGCAGCUUGACUCUGAGAGGUUUUCCAGGUUUUCUUCAUGGAAAAAGCUUGUAAUGGCAUGCACCUUCCUGAUGCACAGAGCAAGCAGUGUUAGACGUAAGCAAGAAUGCUUGUCACAGACUGUAGAGAGACGUCGUCUAGCUGAAAUGCUGAUUCUUCGAGAGACACAAAAGGACUCGUACCCAGAAUAG